UUCUCUAGCAGAGGCACGCUCGAUAACAGGGCGCUACUGUCCGUGAAGUGUCAAGCGAGCAGUUCCUCGUUACUCCCAGUGUCGAAACUUAAAUCGGUGAUUUAAUUAGAGUUAUUACGCUAUAUUAUCUAGAAUUUGUGCGAACGUAUAAGCAAUAAUGACCGACAAGAAAGGAAUUCUAUGGAAAAGCCGAAUGGAGUGUCUGGAGAGAAUUAAAUACGCAUACCCCGUGGCACCUCAUCCACCAACUGGCUUUGUCCCAGCACCAGCUCAGCCAGCAACCUACGGUGUUGCAGGGGCCGCGCCUUAUGGAGUAUUUCCAAAUCAACCGCAGCUCUAUGCAGCACAAGGACCACCGCCACCUACGUAUGAUCAAACGUUGACUCAUCCUAUGAUGUAUCAACCGAUGUACGGUCAGGGUUAUCCUGGAGGAUACUUGGCUGGUUAUCCUACGGCCUAUGGUCCAUUGCAGUAUUAUCCUCCUCUCGCAGCCGCUGCAGCUUACUACCCUGCAGCUGCGAUGCAACCGGCGCCAGUUAGGCCCACGCUCAUGGUCCCUAAUGGAUUCGAUGGGUCUCGCUUUGAUGGUAUCUCGCAGCAGGUAUUACCACCACCGCCUCCUGGUGUGGCAGCAAACGCAGCACAAUUGGCCGCAAUGGCGGGACACACUGUCGCCUUGUCGCAAAAGAAAGGAUCGUUCCUUGGAGGAGGAACAGAGGGUGGUUACACUUUUUGGUAAAGUAUCCUCGAGGUGAAGGAGGUGACGUAACGAAGAGUAAGAGAAAAAGAUAAAGAAAACCAGCAAAAAAAUGAAGAGAUGAGUGACGAAGCCCCCGAAGGAAGUCCUCGUGAGCUAGAGAAGAAGAGAGACAAAAGAAGAUAGCGUUAAAGAUAUCCAAGAUGAAAGGAUUGUUGUAUCGAAUUUACAUGAACGAGAUCUAGGGUCAUAUAUCAUGCAACCAGGAAGCCAUUAGUUAAUCAAUGACAUACACUCCUGGCGAGUGUUCUAUACAUCGACUGCUGGCUGCUUUGUUUCUUUUGACGGUGAAGUCCAGUUGAGAAUACAUUAAAAAAUGAUUUUUCAUCAGGUAUUCACUAGGUCCUAUUGUACUCGUUCAUGUAGAUCCAUAAAAAAAAAGUGUGUUCCAAAGUCUUUUUCAAAGCGUGACUUGGUUCUUCUCUUUCGCACCAAUGAGUAAAAGACACGACUGUCCCGGGCUCCUUUAAAAGAGUGAACAUCGACCCUACGACUAUAUUCGCUUUAGAAUAACUCCCAGAGUCACCGCGAAUGCUCACGCGCUUUUUAACGUCAACAGCGAAUAUAUGGUGUAUCCGCGUUAGUGUUCUCUGGGAAUAAAAGAAAAAAAAGGAAAAAAAUAUUAAUAAAAAUAAAAGAAAAAGGAAUACAAGAAGAUAGAUUUAUUAGCCAUGCGAUGAUCGAUUGCGCCGCCCACUUAUAUGGGAAUAAUUUUUCAAUAAGGAACAACGAGUUGGCAAGUAUCUCUGCGGCGUCGGUGCCAAAAGAAUCUCAAAGAGAUCAGGAAGCGAACUAACGGAAGCAACAACAAAUUGAUACAAGCAAGAGAAUAAGAACUCUCUCACACGUCAUCCGUUCGACAAAGGAAGGAAUAAAGCAAAUAACGCAUUUUCUCAACCCAAUACAAAAUUCUUAUUCAGUAGAAGAAUUCCAGUCAGCGAGACCCCCGAUAUCAUCCAGGAAGCAAAGGCAAGGGUUGUUUUUGAGUGUGACUUUUUUUUAAGAAAACAAAACAGACUAGCUAGGUUGGCUAACAAAGGUAUUAUUUAAUUGCGCGAUGCCUGCCCGCGACGUUCAAGCUUCUCGUUCAGACUAAAUUAAAAUUUUACCAACCCGGAUAACGUUACUCUCUCUUCUAUCUGUAUCCAGUUGUAUAUUUGUCUCAAGUCUGAAGACGUGUAUGCUUCUUCUGCCACUGUAGUGGUAAGGGUACAGUAAGGGAAAGUGAAAUGGACUAAAAGCAAUGUUGAGAUCGUUAUGGCUGAAAUGGGGUACCGUCAUCCAAGCUGGGAUUCGCUGAAGAAACGAAUGGUUGUUUCACUUUUUAAAGUACAAAUCGAUACGCAUAUAGUGGAUAAAAGGGGGGGAGCUUGCGUUAUGUCGCGGGCAACCAUCGCUCUCAGCCAUAUUAGGCGAGUUGUGUACCGUUGAACGUUGUCACGAGGAAGGGACAAGGAUUUGACUGGUUAGUGAUAUCAAGACACGUCGUAAGAGUGAUUAUGCAUAAGAGUUGAAUUAAUUAUUAUUAAUAAUACGAUAUACGCAGCUACUCGUAUCUGCUAGAAAAAUCCUUGUACCGUUCAACGGCCAUGAUACGUAGUGUAGUUAACGUCGUGGGUCUGCCGAGAGGAUUCUCAGUGGAGUUCCAAUCGGUAGGCGCACCCUAAAUAUGAUAUUAAUUAAGCAAUGAAAAAAAAAACUAAUUUACAAUCGAUGAUAGCCUAGAGUAGGACCAACAGGCGUGAUUCUAUAUUACCUAUUAUUGGUCUUUUUUUUUAGAGAGUGAGAGAGUGCGUGAGAAAGAGAAAAAGAGAUAGAGCUAGAAAAGAGAAGCGGCUCGAUAAGGUCAACUCACCCGAUUCGACUAAAUAAGCUCACAAAGGAAUGAAAAUAGAACAAUAAUCUGUUAAAUAUAUAACGAACAAAGAUAUAUUACUAAUUGAAAGUUGGAAAUUAAAAACCAAAUCAGCAUAUAUACAAAUAUUUGAAUAUUGAUUUCUCAGUAGCUUGAGAAAUCAAUAUAGUCUGGUGAGCUUGUUUAUCUCGAUGCCAUCUUUGUAUGUACGUUCUCUUUUGUACUGUUUUCCUUCUAUUUUUUUUUUAUAUCCGACAUACCUGAUUAAUUCUACUAGAACGUUGAAGUUCACGUUCUACGUUAUUUUAUGCGUUUUUAUUUUUCGCACAUAGAACACACAUGCGAGUGAACACACAACUCGCAUAAUACUAAAUCUAGUCCGAAGAGCCUGACCGACCAGAAAUGUGAAGCCUUUUUAUGAAUCACUUCAACUUCCGUUUGAUGAAUGAAUGCUUUGCGUUCGUCAUUAUUUAUUGAUCCUGUCCCUUCUUGGUUUCAUCGCUCCUAUUAUUUUUCUUCUCAAUCUUCUUUAUCAGCGUCCUCGUCAUUGUCUCUUCCUAUGUUUACUUCGACUUAUACUUGUUUCACAUGAGAACCGUAGGUAAUUGCGCUUUAGAUAAAAUAAUUUCAAAGUCCGAUCGUAGUAUGAAACUAUUUUGUGAUUUAGUCUCCCUAAAUCUAUCCACCUUGUAAUCACUCAACACCUACUACUAUCAUUAUCAAGAGAAUUAAGAAAGAGUCAAAGAAGUUAUGCUGCUCCGUGAGAAAGAAAAUCACAUUCACAGGCUACGAAGACAAUUGGAUCAAACAUAGAUGAGAAGAAAAAGUGAGGGAAACAUAUGAUAAGAAAAUGUGAUGUCUUUUUGAAUUUGGAGUAUAUAUAUACAUAUAUAUGAGUGUAUUUAUCUACAUUCAUAUAUACGUAUAUCAGACUAAUGUAGAAGAGCUCCUUUGAAGAAGGCAGAGUACGAAUGGAAGGCCUGGACCAUACCGGACGGGCCUGAAUUAUGCAUUGAUAAAGUAUAUUAUGUUGAUAUUUAUAUUAAAUUAUUACUAUUAAUUAAUGAUUAUUAAUUUAACAAUGAGGAACAAGGGGACAAAAGGAGAGAGAAACGGAGGAGCGACGUGAAAUUCAAUUGUCAGACGAUAUUAAAUAAAUGAAAGAAAAAAAAAAUUGUACCAAUCAACUCGCGACGGAUCUGUUAUUAUUUUGUCGAGGACAGAAAUCGCGCGAUGCAAUUAUUGAGAGUCCGAUUAUCAUCUAACGUAUAAGCGAAGAGGGAGAAUUGCGGAUGGAGAUUUUAUAUAUAUAUCAUGGAAAAAACGUGCAAUAAACAUAAAGUCUAUUGUAACAAUAAAAGUAACGAUUAAUGAAUUGCAAA